UUGCCAGUUACCGUUUGUGAAUUUAAGUUAAACCUAAUCUUCCUUAUUAUUUUACAUUCAUCAAGUGUCGUAACUUGUUUGUGCCAAGGAUAAAGCUCCCGAGUUACCCUUUGAAGUCUCACAGGAAGCUAGGAGCCCAAACAAAAGGUGUGUAAUGUUUUGAAGAAAUUUAAAAAAAAAGAAAAGCCCGACCGAUGUUUUGGUAAGCCAGUAUUAUUGCCCGGUAUUGGUCAGUUGCAGAGACUAAAACUUCCGGUCUUCGUGGUAAUUUUUAAAGCACAUCACUGACACAAUAAUAAACAGUAGGAACCAAAUCUAAUCGUUUUCAAUGUUAAGUAACUCUAACUGUAUUUACAAUUCGUUUUUUUAGAAUUUUUUUAUUUAACUCCCUAACAAUCUGUACAUAAAACCCUGUACCCUGACAUAAAUGAAUGAACAAAAUGUUUUCGAAAUGCAUACAAACAGAAUUUACAGGAUAGAGGGAAAUAGCUGCAGAAAAUUAAUAAAAUAUGUGCAAACAUCCAUGGAAAUACAGUUUGUAAGGCAAACACUGAGCAUGCACAAUUCUUAUGAGCUUGAACGUCAACAUUUGGUAUGACAACCUUUAUUCUGCAACACAGAAUAAGCAAAAAAAAAUAAUAUGACAAGUUUUUUUUGGCUAACAGCAGUUUGAGAAUCAACUUGUCAGGGUAAAAUACCAUUUCUACCUGCUAAAUUCAACCAAUAAAAUGAUCAUGUGUUUUUGCAACAGGCUGCUAGUAACAAAGUGCCUAAAGACGCAAUUUAAUAGAAGGUAAAGUAAAGUGAGAUUUUAUUACAGGGGCAACAAUCUCUGCAUCGAUGUCAAGAAAGCAAUAAAGGUUAAUAAAAGGAGGUCACUGGAAGUGAAAGGGGUAAUUCAUGAUGGAUGGCAAACACAAAAGGACACAAUCCUGUAAAGUUUAUUUUCACACAUGCUCAAAACAGCAAUUGUUCUUUUAUUUUUAAGCUUUUUUUCUCACUUGCCUUUUAACAAAGCAAAGUAAACACACCUGUGCUUUAACCUAUCCAGGCCAGUGACACCACCUCUCACCUACAAAUAAGACUAUCCACAGAUGUUUCCAUCACUUCACCAUGGAUCACAUCAGAGUUGGCAUCCUUGCUAUUUUUUUGCAGUGUUUUAUCACAAAGAGCGCAUUUUUCAUUCAGAAACAAGAAUGGAUUCAAACUUCUGCAGCAAGAUUAACAGAAGAUGUGGUUUGCUUUCCUGAAUACAUGGAGAUGUGGAUGCACAGUGUAAGAAUUGAGGAGUUCAGGGUCUGGCUGUCGAGGGCGCUAAGUAUCCAAGCCAACCUUGGAUCUCUGGACCACCUGAAUCUCCAGCUGUCUGCCUGUGGAUUCUCACUGCAAAACGACCCCGACGAUAACUACGUUUUUAGAGUCAGCUACACCGGGUGUUUUGUUCGGCAGCAGAAUGGCUUUAAUGUCUUAACAUUAAAUUUGGUGCGGAGGAUGAAUCGAUUUGGAAGCCAGCAUCACAGUUUCACGAUGAAGUGCCCUGUGAUGUCUGUGGUGCAAAGCAGAGAGCAAAUCCACUGUGACCCUGAAUAUGUUCAGGUGAUCAGAGAAAUUCCCUAUGGAAACUGGGAUAAUGAGCUGCAGUGGUCGCUGUGUCUGGACGAUCACCUCCUUGUAGCUCUGGAGGAUGCCAGCUUGAUUCAGAUGAACAUUGAUGUGAAUGUAACAGACAUAAGAGUUCAGGGCAGGAGGAGGGAGAUCUUAAGGCCUGUCAACGUGAGACUUCACACAGCAUUAUGCCACCUAGUGACUAUUGUUAGUAUUACAACUGAAAUGUACUCAAUUACUGUUUGGUUAAUACAGAUAAUGGAAAAUGAAGGGGAAUUUUUGGAUUUGAAGCUGGUCAGAGACAGAUAUGCCUACAGUAUGGAAGCAACUUGUCCAAAAGUGAACGCAUCCACGGCAGACAAGACUGUGCUGCACAUCCUCAAACGCCGAAUGGGUUUGACCAGAAGAGGCACCGAUCACAAUGAAGCACUAACACUCAGUGACCUGUCAGUUAUCCAGACAGUUACUUUCACAGUGCAUGAGACGAGUGAAUUUGUAACUCUGUCCAUUCCCACAGCCCAAAUACUCCAGACAAAGCCCUGCACAGAUGACAACCGGCUCCUGCAGCCGUUCUACAGGGUGGAUGCUGUGCUCACCUUCAGAGAGACAAAUCACAAAAUGCACUGGACCAUGGAGAGCACGCUGCCAUGCAUAGCGGCACCUAAAAACACAUCAUCACAUGUCACAUCUUCUCCUGGCCCAAACAACAUAAGCCCGUCCACACUCGACUCUACACGUGAGACUGUAACUACGGACGAGCCUUUGCCCGACCUCGUCACCAUCCCAGAAGAAAACCUAAAAGAGAGAGAUUCGUUCAAGCCUGCAAAGUUUCCCACAACUAACCUUCCUCACAUGCUGAGAGAGGGCCGCAGUUUUAAUAUCCACGCUGACGAGAUAAUAAGGGACGAUGUGUCUACUUCAGUGUUGGAUAAUGGCACCAGUAUCGACAUUAACGCGAAUACAACUAGUUUAUUUGAUUUUCUACAUGCAGCUACAAAUGUUUCUGUAGAGUCAGACUUGCUUACGUCAGCAGCCACAGCCCAAACACCACAUAUGUCUCUUACCACGCUGGCUCAGCCUGAUGAAGAGUACCAGGAACUCAACACAACCUGUAGUAAUGAACAACAGCAAAAGGAGAAAAAACUGCAGUGGAUUUGGUAGGAUUAGAUUUAUUUAUUUAGUUAAGUCAAAUUAUUCUUCAAGUAAUAUAUCUUAAUUACUUUAAGGCCUAUUUUACUCCUUUUCCUUUUAAACCCAACUGGUACCACAUACAUCUGUUUGCAGUCAUGAAAGGUGACGCAGUGGUCAGUGAAGGCUGAUUAUACAGUGCAAGCAGAAUUACCGUCAGACCUCUGCCAGCUAUUGCCUCAGGGUGGACAUUAUCCAGACUCAGACAAAGGCAGGCGUUAAAUAAACACGUCUCUUUCCGAGCAGCAAAACAGGCUGAUGAAGAGAAGACCUCGUGUUAGCUGAUGCCACCUUUCAGAGCAACUUGAACUCAAAUCACAGAAAGUCAUAAUAAAAGCUCACAGAUUGCUUGUCAGCGGUCAUUCUAAGAUUCUUAGAUGGUAGAAUCAAUUUUAUGUGUUAAAAGCUGUUUUCUUUUCAACAACAGAUCAAAUUUAGCUUCUGAUUUACUGUAAUGUCAGCUGUAGCUGUCGCUCCCCUCGUUGCAGUACGCUAAACCAACAGCAGAGGGCACUCUCCAACAUGUUUUCAGUAGACUCCUGAUGGGUCACAGCCUGCCUCCAGAUGCUCUUUUCCAAAUUAAGCAGUUUGACCUUUUUUUUUUAAAUUUUUGUUUUUUAAAGUAAACCUAGAUUCAGUGCUAGUUGUUUUUUUGUGUGUGCACAAUUAAAUGAACUUUAUUCAUCAUAAGAUAACUCUUGAAAAUCCAAUAUGCAGUAUAGAAGGGGGGGUUAAAUUUAUUCACUUGAGUGCUUUAAAUGUAACACCCAUACAGAAUUACUGGUAUAGAUCAAAAUAGCUGAAGAGGUUUCGUUUUUGUCCCACUGCUUUUUCUUUUUUUCACCUUUGUUAUUGUGACCUCCCGGUAUGCACCAAAGCGUCUCUAAAUGAUAACCGUGCGGUGUUGCGCAGUUACAUGCAUCAUAUACAACGGUCUGUGGGGCAGAAAAUCUAAACUUCCUUGUGCCUUUGGUUCCCAUCUGCUCAGUGAACUUAUGAGCAGGAAAUGGAAUAAGUGGUGCAAAAAGCAUGCCAACAUCCCCGGUUCUUUCAUGUGGCCUCUCUCGGCCAUUAGCCUAUCUGUAUCGACUGUUAACUGUCUUUACAAAGUUAAAAAUCCCUUUCAUGUUUCACUGUUUCUUUUUUGUUUUAAUUUCAGUCAGAGCAUAUGGUUUGCACAUCUGGGAUAUGCUAAGCGUGGUGGCACCCCCCCACCCCCUCCCCCCAAUACACACACAUAUACACACGAACACACACACACAGACUCUGUGAAGUGAUCCAUAUAUGGUCUUCAUUGUUAUUGCUCAUAAUCACUCAUCAUUAUUAUAAACAAGUUCU